AUGGAAGUGUCCACCUUCGCUGGAACAAUACCAUCUAAAACAGAAGAUACUGGUUUAUCUGUGACACGCAUCGUGUUAGUGUGCUUUCUGUACCUUCCUCUGGCGGCCAUCACUGUCAUGGGAAACAUCUUUGUUCUUGCCGCGUACAGACGGGAUGAGAGGAUAAGAAAAAAGAAGACAAACACGUUCAUUCUCAACCUUGCCAUCGCAGAUCUACUCGUUGGCCUGGUCAUGCUUAUCAACACGCCCAAGUACAUCAAGGAUAAGUGGUACUUUGGGCGGGAAUUCUGCAUCUUCACCUGGGCCAUUGACUACAUGUCAACCGACAUGUCUGUCAUCACCAUCAUCGCCAUCAGCGUGGACCGCUAUCUCAUGGUUAGGAAUACGAUGAAACAUCAGCUAAUUCAUCAGUCUAGACGACGACUCGCUCUGAUAUUCAGCGUUGUCUGGUCCCUCUGCAGUCUUGUACACAUCAGUCUCGCAUUCAUCUAUUCCGCAAAGACAGACUACAAGUACCUCAAGUAUCAAACAUGCAAUUUGGAAUACAGACGAGAAAAGGCGCUGGUUAUUUCAAUGUGCUUGGUGGAGUUUGUUUUGCCUGUGAUAUGUCUUUGUCUGUUGAACACAAAAGUGUUCCUGCACAUACAGAGGCGAGGAAGUAAGAUACGUUUUAGUCAACCUCGGAAAUUUGUUGCUUCGGAUGUUCACCUCGGAAAGGACAAGGCAAGUGGUCUUUACGAUACCGCCGAAGUCUGCUUGACGUCAUACAGGGUGCUUUCAAGCCCCGAUGGUAAGACGGUCGAGCGACCUGGAGACAUUGCUGAAAGUUCCUCCAGGUCUCCCCCACCGACCAUCAUUGUAGGCGACCUCCAGAAGAAGAACACAUUGAAGAAAGAUACCUGCGAAAUGCGCAUUCAUCAUGGCAGCUCUUCGUCGAGGGCGCGUCCUCCUCAUAAGGCAGCUAAACUUCUCACGGCCUUACUCAUCGUGUUCAUCAUAAGCUGGCUGCCGUACUACAUCUACGAGUGCUACAUCCUCAUCGAUGGUGGCGAAGCGAGCGACGCGGUGACGCAGACAUUGACUUGCAUACUCUGGGGAAACUCUGCUGUCAAUCCUAUAUUAUCCACCUUUGUAUCAAAGACUGACUAA